GCCAACCUUCCUUCUGGCGCUCGGCUCGUCCAAGCAGGCCAGGCAGGCCAGGCAAGCCAGGCAGCCAGGCAGGCUACAGGCAGACGACUGUGGUCGGCGCGCGCUGGCGGGGGCACGCUGGCUCUCCACUCGCAGCAACUCUGGACAACUCAUCUUGCUCUUCAUCACUCACUCUCCAAUCUUCAACACUCAUCUCUACUUGCCCGUCCCCUCUCUUCUCUACUAGCGAGCAUAAUCAAACAUGGCUCUCAAGCGCAUCAACAAGGAGCUCAUCGACCUCGGCCGUGACCCUCCAUCCUCGUGCUCGGCGGGUCCUAUUGGCGACAACCUCUUCCAGUGGCAGGCGACGAUCAUGGGUCCUUCUGACUCGCCGUACUCGGGUGGUGUGUUCUUCCUUUCUCUCACCUUCCCCACCGACUACCCCUUUAAGCCUCCCAAGGUCUCGUUCACCACCAAGAUCUACCACCCUAACAUCAACGCCAACGGUUCCAUCUGCUUGGACAUCCUGCGAGACCAGUGGAGCCCAGCUCUGACCAUCUCGAAGGUUCUCCUUUCGAUUUGCUCCAUGCUUACCGACCCCAACCCCGAUGACCCGCUUGUCCCCGAGAUCGCGCACACGUACAAGACGGACCGUGCGCGUUACGAGGCCACCGCCCGGGAAUGGACUCACAAGUAUGCGACGUAGUAGCGUCAGUUGGUGGUGACACAUUCCAUGGAUAUAUUCCAUGUCAUCCGCGGGAGUUCUCUUCAUCGACGACUAGUUGUGAUCUGUUGCAUCACCUGUCGCUGUCUGUUGUGGUGUUGCACAACAUCGGG